GGGUUGGGAAAGAAGACGCUCAAAGCCAGUUUGCUAUCGUCAAGUGAAAACAGAGGGAGAGAGAGGGGGGAAGGAAGAAUGGCGGCCGUGCAGUGCUCCAAAUGCUCUGCAGAAAGGAAAGGGUUUCGGCGGGAACUUGAUUCUUGGCGACACACACUCAUACACUGCGUUGGGUUUGAGAGCAUUCUGGAGGGAUUCUAUGGGCCAAUGCUGCUGAGAGAUCUUAACUUAUUCGAUGACUGUGAACCUGAAGAGGUGGACGACUGGUCGUCAGAUGCUAACUGUUCCCAGUGUCCCUUCUGCAACCUCCCCCUGGACAAAAGUGAUCAAGUACCCGCUGCCAUGUCGCCCCUCUCUUCCCCCUCUGACUACUCUCCCUGUCAGGCUUCAACCAUCUAUGAGAGCAACCAAUCAGCCUACAGAUUCCUACAAGCUGUCUUUCACAAGAAAGAUGUGUCCAUUGGCUGUGAUUCCAAGAUCCCUGCGGUUGCCCAGGAGCUGAUGAAGAAGAUGAUUCAUCAGUUUGCCAAGGAGUACGCAUCCAAGUGCCUGCUCCAUACCAGUACACAUGGUGUUACAACAAGGACCUCAUCACCUUUUUCAGAAACAUCAGAUGCCCCUCUGGACCUCACAGUGAGCCGAACCCAGGAGGAGAAAGAGAGUGAAAGUGAUCCAGAUGGUGUGCUCGACCUCUCUAAAGGGAACUCAGCCUGCUCAGUGUCUUCAUCGUCCAAUCACAAAGCCUCAGGCUCCCUGUUGCCAUCACUUUCAGAAGAAAUGGGGGAUAAGAGACAGCGAGGGACUAAGUGUCUUCAGAGCUCUGUAUUGGAUGCUGUUCUCAGAUUACUCUGCCCAUCACACAGUUCCUUAAUCUACCAGAUCCUGAAGCUGGCACACCAGGAAAACUUGCUGUCAUUUCUCAAUCACAGACCUGUGGGUCAAAUUCAGUCUAUCUGCUGUCACUGUGGCGUAAACCCAUAUAGUAAUGUUAACCAUAAUGCAGUCCCAUCAAGUGAAUGUAAAGCCCAUAACAGCAGCCUUUACUACCCUUCAGUCGAUUGUGAACAUCAAGGUCUUGGAGGCACAACGUGUCAUUCAGGAAACCCCAAGUCUAAUUGUAGCAUUAGUCUCAACACUACAACAAGCUGUAAACGUGAAGACCCUCUAUGCCCAAGCUGUGGCUGUGUGCAGAGCUGCAAGAUGGAAACGUAUACUGUUCUUGGCCCCAAGAGGCUGCACUGCACUUCCUGUAACAGCCUGGCUCUAGGUCAUAUGAACAACAAAGUGGGUUCAUUUGCAUCCUCUCCCUCUUUGUCGAAAUCUCCUUUGCUGUGCACUGCUGCAGCUAGUUUAUGCCCUUCCUCAUCGAUCUGCUGUAAUGAACACAACCCUCACUCAUGUCCCAGUAUUUCACACCAUGCCUGUCCAAUGCAGGUCAGGAAUACAAUAGAAAGAGGAGUAGGAGAUGGUGAUCCUCCGUGCCCUGUGCUUAAGAGAGAGCAGAGUCCCUCUCCACCCCCUUUGUCUCCUAUCCUUUCAGACAUCAAUAAGAAGACUGAGGAAAAGCCACCCUCUCUCCUUCACCACAAACAAGAAGAGGAAGCUGACCUGAUGCUUAAAGAUGAUACGGUGAAUGCAAACUACCUUGGAGCACGCAUUGACACGACAACAGAAGAGGACCAAGAGUGCCAGUCCCCAAGGACUAGUCUUGAUGAGCACACUCCAAGCGGGACUUUACUGCAGGAUGUUGUGAAUCGCUUCAGUGAGAAACUAGAGACAAUCAAACCUCUAGAAAAAGACCGACCUCUGGUUCCCACUGCUGUUAAUGUCUCUGAAAAGGACUGGUCACAGUCCCCUUCAUCCAGUCAGAACUUGCAGUUUCAUGCUGAUGCUCACCUGACUGAGAUCAUUACAACAGUUCUUCACACAGGUAGUGCUAGUGACUACAAUCUCAGUGAGCUAUUCCACCGCCAUGAAAGCAAAGAGCCAAAGUCACCGAACACCAGAUCCCGUCGUCGCCAAGAAGUCCUCGCUGCCAUGGCUACACCAACUUACGAUGCUUCAACUAGAAGGCAGACAUUACAAAUGAAACGAGACCUUGCCAUGUUUGACCAGUCCUACAGCAAGAAAAAGGUGCCACUAGCAAAGAGGUCAAAAUUUAAAGAUGAAAAUGUUGCUGUUACUAAAUUACAUACUUCAGAUUUGAAGCAUGCUAAAGAGGAGUCUAAAAGAGACAUCGAAAAAAUGAAACCCGUUGAGGAUGAUGGAGUUAGGGAGAAACUGCUGAACUUGAUCCCAACAGAUAUUGACAGAGACAAAGUGAAAGAAGAGAUUCAGUCAGUAAUAGUGACAGAAGAAGUUCAGAUCUUCAAAGCUGAGGAGAAAUUAGAGGAAAUAUCUGCCGAGGAAAAAGAUCUAACCUCUUGCACUCAAAUACUCACGCCUGAGCUGCAGAGCAAGUGUCACGAACAAGGCACAGAGAGCGAAGCUGUACAAACACAGGUGAUGCCAGUGAGUUCAGCCUAUGUAAAACAGAUUGGUAGGCCUCGUAAAAAGGUUCGUACAACUAUCAAUGCUGGAGGAGAAAGGAAUCGCAAAGAAGCUCCAUCAGAUCCAAAUUCUGACAGUGACAAUAGACGAGGUAAAGAUUGCUUUGGUCCUAUUGGAGAGACACAGAUAUGUCAAUCACACCACACCAAGGAUUCAAGAAGGUCCAAAAGAAAUAUAGUCCCUCCGCAUCGGUUCUCCUCCUAUGUCACUGAGCCCAGGAAAAUGUUCUUUGUUGCAUGUUUCUCUGAAAGCAUCUUUAACCUGAAAAGAAAGGAUGACGUUUUGACCGGUGACCAGGAUCCCUUACCUGGAGAGCAAGAUGCUGUGGACACCUUGUUAGAAUCAAGAUAUGAAUCAAUAAAGGAAGCUCCUCAGUAUUCACUUGAUCACACAUGUAGGCAAUCUGUAAUCUCUCAUAAGGAGUCAAAUUGUAUUUCAACAAACUUGAUCUUUCCACAAACUACUGAUGAAAAGGACUGUCCUACAAAACACUGCUCAAAUAAUGAGACAGACGGCAAAGACACUGCUGCCAAACCCUUUGGAAGGCUAAGAUCAUCUGUAAAAAGGCAACAGAACUCUGAGACGGUUUCAAGAACUUCUGAAGAGGUCAUCAGUACACCUGCUGUGUGUGUUGAGAGCCCUGAUAAUUCUCAAGUCCAUUAUACAAGCCCAAUAAAGCUCAUGUUCGUAUCACCAGUGAAUGAUGAGGAAGGGAUCAGAUAUAGUCUGAAAUCAGCCAUUUCCAGUUCUAGUGGACAAGCAGAGGACCACUUUGACCCAUGUGAAGAGUCGUCAUGGUCAGGGGUACCUCAGAAACACAAGAAACAGAACAUUGAGUCUGGUACUUCCAGAGGAAAAUCUAUUUCUUCACCACACAAGUCUACUACCUCACCUGCAAUAUCUGCUACUUCACCAUCCAAGUCGGCCACUUCCCCAUGCAAGGCAACCUCUUCACCCAGCAAGGCAACCUCUCCACCAAGCAAGUCAACCUCACCAAGCAAGUCAACCUCACCAAGCAAGUCAACCUCUCCACCAAGCAAGUCAACCUCUCCACCAAGCAAGUCAACCUCACCAAGCAAGUCAACCUCUUCACCAAGCAAGUCAACCCCUUCACCACGCAAGUCAACCCCUUCACCAGCCAAGGCUGCCUCCUCACCCAGAUCAACUUCAUCACCUAAAAUAAGUUUAAGAAGAUCAGGUGAUGGGACUCCAACUAAGCGUGUAGCCAGUCCAGAGAGCCAAAGAUCCCCAGGUGACAUACUAUCUUACCACGAAACCACACCUCCAAAAAGGCGUCCAGGUAGGCCAAAGAAGCUGGGACCACAGCUGGAGCAAAAAGUGAAGAGGCCAAUUGGCCGGCCACGCAAACAGAGGACUGUGAAUUCAGACAUGUGCACUAAAACAGAAAAUGGAACAUCUAUUUUAUCACCUGAAAUUGAAGAGAAUGCCAACAAGAAUCUUAAAAUAACAGUAGUUUAUGGCAGGUCAAGGAGAAACAAGAGAACAGUGUCUGAGGGCUAUGACCAGCUGCAAACAGAAUUACAUGAUGCUUGGAAAGCAGUAGGUCUCAGAAGUGACUUGAGCAUUUUAAUGCAAAACUGUAAGACCAGCUCAGAUAAUGUCAAAACAGCCUCAACAGAAUUGCCAGAGGAACUCAAUUUUGUGAGCCCUGCAAAACCGUGUUUGUCUCAAUCCAGUAGCAAAGUCAAAUGUCAGAAGCGGGAGGAUUCUGUGACUUCAAGGAAACCUGGCCGACCGGCAAAGGUUAAAAUCUCUGGAAUCUCAGUCACAGUAACUACAGUAUCACCUCGGCAACGUAAAAUUCAGAUAAAUAAGGAUACACGGCUGUCUCCCAAAACAUUCAUUUAUAAGAAAGCACUUCAGCCAGAUAUGAAAUGUGCCAAAGAGCCCUGGACAAUCAACCGCCAAUCGACAAGCAAAGGCAGUCACACUGAGGAAGGUGAAGAUACAAAGGAUGAUAGUAAAGUCAAACUGCAAAAUCAUACAGUAGCAGUGCGCCAGUCAAUGAGAGUGAGAAAGCCUUCAAUCCACUUCUUGCAUGCAGUAGCCACUUCCAGUUCAAGAUCAUACAGCCACAGUAAUGCUCUGCUACGGCGCUCUAAGCAAUUUCUGCUGAACAAGGUUAGCAAUGAACGGAGGCAGGGUGAGCAACAAAACAGUACUCAAUCUUCAGGGGGGAAAAGACAGCUCUUUGGACAGGAAAGGAAUAACACCUCUGAAGACAUGAGCAGAGUGGCAGCGCUGUCUGUGGACUCUAUCUUUGCCCAAAAAGAGACACUAAAGUGGUGGGUAGCAUCCGCUGAGGAAAAUAAUACAAAUCAGGAGCUUGCCAGGCGGAUACGACUCAUCUCUGAUACCUGGGUGUCAGACGAGAAGAAAGAAAAGGAAAUUGCAUUUAAUUCAAAAAUAGGCACAAAGAGCAGUUUGCUCACCAAAAAGUCAAAACACUCCUCUGUGGUUCGAUCGCUGUUUGACUGUCCUCCCGACAAACCAAGGUCCUGUAGUAUGCAGCAGCUCUGCUCCUGGUUUAUGCAGACCACAGAGACACAGUCCCUGGCUAUUGUUAAGAAUGCAAGUUCCCGCAAUGCAUAUGAACUUAUGCACUUCCCUCGUUCUGCCAGUACAAAAAGUGUUUGCUACAGUCCUCAGGCAGAGCGACUCCGCAAACACAUCAAGAAAUUUGCCAAAAUCCUGCCAAAAAGUCCUGAGCAACACCAACAGGCUCAAAGAAGGUUGGGGAUGAGGACUGAAACACCUCAGUCAACACAUAACAUAAGGCGUCAGCUUUUCAGUCUGAAGCUGGCAAAAGGCAGGCUCAAUCGAGGAGCCCAAUGGAAGAAAAGUCAAGCAUUUGGCAAAUAUCAGGUCACCCUUUCUAGAGCAAGGAUAAAGUUCUUAUCCCAGAAAAAUAGAGACGGGUGGCGACAGAGGCAGAAUAAGAAAAAUCUGAAACGGGCUACCAUUGGUCAAAAUGAAGCAGUGGUGUCUGGAAUACAACCACAACGUUAUGCAUUACGCAGAUCAGCAAAAACGCAAUCGUCUGAUGGUUUGGAGAACAGUUCUGCCACAAGUUCUGCCGAACAAACACGGGAGCCGGUUGAUGUAAGCAAGGGGCAGGAGAACCUAUGCUCCAAAGCUUGGAGUCCUGAGACACUGAAGGAAUGUAGGGUGUUUCUGAGGAAGAUCAACUCUCCGGACAGUGAAUCACCUGAGGAAGAGUGGGACUCCUGUACUGUGACACUGGAUGACGGGUCCCCCUCAGCAUACCACUUUGCAAGAAGGGAGAGAGAACUGGUUGAAGUUGUCAAAGCUGUGAAAACUGAAAGAAAACGAAGCUCGAGUAGGAAUGCCUCCAGAGAGCUUGCAGGUUCUGCACCUAAACUAGUCCAGGAGCAGAAUGAGAUGAAACCUGGGAGACAGAAUGGCAAAUACAAAAGUCCCGGGGUUCCUUCUACCGAACAACCUCCACCACCAGCGAAAAUGUUGAGACAAUCGCGAAUGAGGGGCCUAAGUGGGCCCAGAUGGUGCGACUUUGUGUUUGAAACCUAACUGAAUCAUGAGGCAGCGUCCUACCUGGGAAAAGGGACUGUGUUUUAACGUGGUGCCUUUGGACAUUAAGCUGACCACCUGUACUGACCAUCCCAAUAUGGUUUGGUCUUACACUCAGCAAUUAUGUAGCAGUCUAACUUAAAAGCUUGAUGUUGCACUAUUUUUACCCUUGGAUAAGUAUGUACAGAAUGUGUCAUUUAAUUUUCUAUUGUCAUCUUGCCUUGAUCAUUUAUAAUGAUCAAAUCUAGAAGAUCAAAUCUUAAGGCAAACCGUUUUCAAGAAGUACUUGAACAUUUAGCCCUUUCAUAAUGGGUGGGAAGAAACAGCUUUGAUUUUAUAAAGAUGGUGUCAUCUCCCCUCACAGAUACCUCAUCAUCAAGGCCACAGCAAUGACUUCUUUCUACAAAUCUUAAAGGGAUAGUUCUGUUUUUUUGAAUUGGGGUUAUAUGAAGUUCUUGUCAAUAGUACCUGUAAUAGCCACAGGGGAUGCUGGUCGGCUCAGACCCUUUGUGAUGAAAGCAGGGGAACCGAAAUGGGUGCUGCAUAUGGGGUCACCCCGACCAUGUUAUUUAGCUCAUUUAAAAAAACUCCAACCAAAGCACUUUUCUUGGUGUAAGUGUAUGCUCUAUUUGGAAAUGUUCCUGCACUUUGCUGUAAGACAGCUUUGUUUUUGCACUACUUUGAGCAUAUAUGCAUUAUUCCCCUUAGAUUUACAGUGACAAUGAAAUGCUGUUUGCAGUGGAAACACAUGGCACACCUUUUUCAAUCAAACGAGAUCAACAGCUCACAAACAGUUGCAGUCUGCAUUUCUUACCAACCAGAGUAUGCUGAUGUACAGAAUGCAGCUGUGCUUUUACAGAUUUUCUUCAAUAUUUAGAAGCUUAAUCUGCAAACCAGAUAAGCCAAUUUGAGGUCUUCAAAGUAAGUGUUAUACUCUCACUGAUUUUUAUUGCAUAAUGACACUUGGUCGUAACAAUAUGUUCUCCUUCUCAAGAUGCAAUGUAGGCUGUUGGAGGGGAAGAAUGAGCCGAAGUGAAAAAAAAAAAAAAGCCAUUACUAUGUCUGCUGGAUAAUCCUAAGUGUUUGUAGCUACAGAUAAUGUCAAAUCUAAAGCAUCUCUGCACUCGUAUACCAAUUAUUAAACAGAUCAGUGUAGUGAAGUUGGAAGAACACACUUGAGAGCCAUGCAAAUAAUGAAGGGGCUUUCUGGCAGCAAAGUAAAGUAUUGGAAAAUUCUGAAAUACACUGUACACUAACAGAAUGAUGUUUUGUGUGGCGUUUGUUACAAUUAGCUAAAACAUGGUAGAGCUAACCCUACCAGCAGCAUUUGAUUGCCUGAUUGGUUGUUUGCCUGCCAUCCACUUCUCCUGUUUUGUCAACAGAGUCCGUGCUGACCAGCAUCCCCUGUGGCUAUGACACUUAAUAUUGGCAAGUACCUCAUAUAACCCCACUUCACUGAACAAAACCAUUUCUUUAAAUUGAAACUUAUUUUUUAAUGUAAUAAAGUCAACACCCCCCCCCCCCCAGAAAAAGCUCUUAAAUCCUUUAUAAAUCAGUUUUUUUAAUUUAAAUCCCAUAUUACAUUGGCACUGUUGGAGAUUAAAAUGUUAUUUUUAAUAGUUUGCAUUUUAGAUUUCACAAACGUAUUGAAUUUGUCAUUCUUUACUGGAGCCUUUUCUGUGUUUUACUUUGAUAUUUCAGUUUUAUUUUGAAAUUCAGUCGCCAAAAACCAUGGUUUCAAUGAAGGAUCUUUCUUUUUCUUUUUUUUACCACCCCUUAUUUAUCUUGGUUUCUAUUGCUCCAUGGGCCCUACUAUAAAUAGUUUAGUGAAUUAGAGUUCUCACUGUUAUUUCAUUUAGUAUUUUACAAACAAUAAUGCCAACUCUUAGCACCUACCUUAACUGCAAUGAGAGCAAACACACAUCAUCUAAAAUAUGACUAAGUCAGCUCACAAAAUGCAGAGGUAUUAGUGAAGUGAGGAAAUACAUAGCAGUUGUAGAGAGAAGAUUGUAAUUGUUUGGUUUAUUUUCCAGAACUCACCAUUUUGAUUAUUCCUUUUUACCCAAAGCAUUCACUUUAUGUUGGAGCCCGUUCUUGCACUAUUCCAGCAGAGAUUAUUAAUCCCACUUUACAGAUUCCUCCCUCAUAUUUUGCACAUCCCAUGUCCCACUACCAGACCCUACUGUAAAAAUAGAGAAUAUAUUUGGUGCAAUACAAACCCAGAUGUUUUAUUUGUAUGUAGUAUUUUAUUGCUCACAGACAAAUGGAUGUACCCUACCUUUGGCCUGGGAUGUUAGUUCAUUUUUUUUUCUCCAUAGCCAUGUGAUCUUAAGAAAUAUCACUUUACAUUGUAUUUUACUCCACUUGCUGUUCUCCCCAGUGAAGCCUCUUAACUAUUAUAAAAGCAUUAGUGUUUAUCAUAAAUGUUCUAGCAUUAAUAACAGUUUAAAUGCAGGUGGAAAUGUUUCCUUUAAUUUUUUUUAUUGUAUUUUUUUGAAGUUGCAGCAAAGGAUGCCUACCUCCAUAAAGGUUCAGCUAGUCCUGCUGCUUUUUAUCAACCAUGUGAUGGACAAGGCACAACAGAAAAUUGAUAUACUAAUCCUGGAUCAAUAUCUGACUUGCCCUGUAAAGCUCCAAGAUGUCUGACUGUAGGCCAAACCUUAAACUUGUAUUGAGUAUUGUGUGUCUGAGUCCUGUUGUAUGUUCAUCACUAUGGUUGUCAUUUCAACACAAUUGAGGUGAGGUGGCUCAGUGUGAUUACUUGUCAGCUAUCUGUUGAAGAAUCUGGUGCUAAACAUCUGUUGUAAAUUUUCUUCAUCACGUGUUUUUAUACUGUCCAUUACAGAUGCAGCGAAUAGGUGUCUGUGAUUGGAACAAUAAAGAGAUUUUGAAUAACCAAAA